AUGCUAAUGGAAAUUCUUGAAGGGAUCUACUACUACCUGUAUCCAGACCUGAACUGCCUGGCUAACCUUCAGGUCUGGAUAGAGGCAGGAUCGCAAAUAUUUUUCUCCUACAGCCUGACUGCAGGCACUUUAAUUGUCCUGGGGAGCUAUAAUGACUACAGCAACAACUGUUACAAGGACUGUUUCUGGCUCUGUCUGCUGAACAGUGGGAUCAGUUUUGUCGCUGGAUUUGUCGUCUUCUCAGUACUUGGAUUCAUGGCUCAGAAACAGGGUGUAACUGUUGACAAUGUGGCUGAGUCAGGUCCUGGUUUGGCCUUCAUUGCUUACCCUCAGGCAACAGCCUUGAUGCCUUUGCCACAGUUCUGGACUGUCUGCUUCUUCCUGAUAAGCCUGUGAAUAGGACUAGUCCCAGCCUAGUCAAGUGAUCAUGAGCU